AAGUACAAACAACAAACAAAACUGAAAUUACCUACUGAAAUCUAUCUCAAAUAAUAUAGUUUACACACUAUAUACCGUUUAUACAUAACCAUAAUAAAUUAAAUUUUAUUGAAGUAUUCAUAUCCAGGUUGGUCGUACAGAUGAAAUGGAUAAUUACGUUGUUAUAUCUUUUGUCGGGGAAGGAUCUUUUGGACGAGUCUUCAAAGCAAAACACAAGGAAAGCGAUGCCGUUGUGGCUUUAAAAGUUAUUAGAAAGAAAGGGCGAUCGACAAAGGACCUGAAGAACCUAAGACAAGAAUGUGAUAUUCAAAGAGAACUGAACCACCCCAAUAUCAUUCGCAUGAUAGAUAGCUUUGACACUGAAUCAGAACUGGUAGUUGUGACUGAGUAUGCAGAGAAAGAAUUGCACAGUAUCCUUGCUAAAGAGGGAUGUCUUAAUGAAGAACAAGUUAAAAAGAUCACUUGGGACCUUGUUUCAGCUCUCUAUUACUUGCAUUCUCACAGAGUAUUACAUAGAGAUCUAAAGCCUCAGAAUGUGUUAUUGGAUAGUACUGGAAGGGCUAAGCUGUGUGACUUUGGUCUCGCCAGAAUAAUGACAAAUGCAACGCACAUUCUCACCUCCAUAAAAGGCACACCUUUAUACAUGGCCCCAGAACUUAUUGAUGAAAAGCCUUAUGAUCAUCAAGCAGAUCUUUGGUCACUUGGGUGCAUCGUGUAUGAGUUGAUGGCCGGUCAGCCUCCAUUCUGUACCAUGUCCAUCUGGCAGCUCGUCCGCAUGAUCCGACACAAGCCGGUGCAAUGGCCCAGCUUCAUCAGUGCUGAGGCCCGCUCCUUCUUACAGGGAUUACUACACAAGGACCCAGCAAAGCGAAUGUGUUGGCCGGAAAUAUUGGAGCAUUCAUUUGUUUCUGGACACAUCCUGAUAUUGCCCGAAGAUGUCCAGAGUGAGUCACCGUUCACAAAGCCACUGACACACAGCCAGCAGGAGCUUAAACAGUUGCAGAGAGACAAAGUAUGCAGUAAUAAUGCAAGACUGAAGCACGAAGGGGAAACUCUGAAAGCAGCCGACAGGAGGGCCCACGACUUGCGCCAGAUCACCAAGCCCGCGGUGGCAGAGUGCGUGCCCAUGUCUGAUGACGACAGCGUCCGGGCCACCAGCGCCUUCAGCGUCCGAGACAGCCUCAAGACAGACGACGAAGACAACCCUCAGCCAAUCACAGCCGCCAACGCUAAACUACUGCGACACGAGUAUAACGUCAUGAAUAAUACAAACCUAGUUGUGUGCCACCAAGAAAACAAUAUGGCACAGCUGGCUGCUGCAAAUAAAAAGACAAAUGAACAAGCUGUUAACAAAAUGGAUAGAAUAGUUGAGGAGAAACAUAAUGUUGAGAAACCUGUUGUUGAAGAUGCUAAGAGUGCUGCUAGUGAGGGUAAGAAGGAAUUGACAGAUUCAAAUAAACAGAAAAGCAAAGGCAAUGAUACUGCAUCACAGAGCUUAGAGAAUCCAAAGAGUUCAACUAAAUCUGGCAGUGAUGUCAGUUCCGGAUUGAGCAAAAGUGUCCCCCCAUCGUACAAACAAAAGAUACUCCAGUUCUCAAGAGAUAAACUGAGAUUUGGCAGCGGAGGGAACAGAUUAACUAGAAGCAUAAAGAGAUCGUUCCAUUUUAGUAGAAGCUGGGACAAAAAUAAAUCCGAAAAUCAGAGGCGUACCAGUGAACCUGCCAUUGAAAUACCGAGCUUAGUAGAUGGCGAUAAGGAUACAGUUUCUAAAGAAGACCAAGAUGAAGAUACGGAGAAAUGCGAAGUAAUUGAAGAGAUUUUUGAUGAUAAAGAUGUUGCUAACAAUGACAUUGUACAGCAGAAAGAAGAAGAUGAUGUCAAGGAGCCUUCAGCAAUUGAGUUGGAAGAAUGGGAAGCAUUCCUGAACUCCAACAUUAGCGAAGUUAUGGACGGCGACGUGGAAUCUCUCACACAAUUGAAUAUGGUGACGAUGGUGACGGGCGUGGUGACGGGCGCGGCGCGCGGCGCGGGCGGCGGGCGCGUGUGCGGCGGCGUGGCGGCGCUGCUGGCGCUGCCGCCCGCCACGCCCGCGUUGCCGAGGCACACGCUGCUCAAUAUACAGGACGUAUACUUGGAGGCAAAAGUUGUGUAUCACUUUGUAUCAGCCAUAAACUCACUCAUGAAGCAAGGCUCAGCCACUGAUGAUGAAUUUGCUGAGGACAGACUGUCGGGCGUGGCUCGCAUGCUGGAGGUGGUGUCGUGGCUGGGCGUGCGCUCGUGCCGCGCCGCGCGCCAGUUCGCCGCCGCCGUGGACGCGCGCCGCGCGCACGCCGUGUUCAACCGGCUGCUGCAGCUCUAUCAGAAAUCGCCGCGCAUAGCGUUGAACGUGGUCGGAGUGCUGGUCACAGUUCUACAGGACUUGCCGGAGCAUGCAGACGUAGUCGAGAAGAUUCUGUUCGACGACAAACAGUUCAACUUCCUCCGUCUCCUCGAUAACACCACAGACGCGCUCAGGAUGCGAGUCUGUAUCCUCAUUAGUCUACUCUGUACGUUCUCAUGCACCGCUCUAUCUGUCGCCAUGGAGUCCAAGUGGAGUAAGAAGGACAGCGAUAGUUUGGAAGCGCUGCAUACUCACUGCAAUGUCACAUUGAACAGGGCGGCCCGACUCGCUUCGAAAGAACUCAGCAAUAUGCCUUUUUAUGUCAGCUAAAGUACUGUAA